UCUUGCGAACGCGGGUAUGUCUGCCGGGGUUACCGGUGUUAUUGUUGUUGCUGCUAUUGACCGUGAGGCGGGAUCAACACACCAACACGGGCAGUUUGUGCGUCGACAUUCAUAUGAGCAUUCACGUCAGUGCGACAUCAGGCUUCAGCGCGCGGAGAGGAUCAGUAGCCCUUCGGAACUAGCGGAAUUGCGCAGGAUGCUGAGCACCAUAAGUAGCCUGGUAGCUGUUGCCAGUGACAGCCUCCAGCAGCUGGUCUCACAGAGCAGCACAAGGGCAACGUCCAAUCCGUCUUCGCUCAAGCGCUACACCCUCGACGACGUUGCGCAACACUGCUUCCACGACGACUGCUGGCUGGUCGUCCACAAUCGCGUCUAUGAUGUUACGUCUUUCAUAACCCAGCAUCCGGGCGGAGAAGAAAUCAUAUGGGAGCACGCAGGAAGAGACGCCACGCUCGCUUUCACCGGUGCAGGACACAGUCAGGACGCGGUAGUCAUACUCAAUAAGUACAUCAUCGGAGUCCUCGUUGAGGAAGAACACGUGAACAUCAUUUCGGACAUGGGCUUUCAAAUGGCCGUCUGCACAGAGUCCUAGGCUCAGUAACUUCAACCCUGGACGAACUUCUCAUAAGAGCGAUGAUCUCAUGAACUUUGUUGAUUUUCGUGAUCCCUCAUGCUUCACAUCGAAUUGAACGUGGCUGUUCGCUCAUCUAUUUAUUGUGUAUUCAUGAAAUGUGUUUGACUCGUAGUCAUCGUGUUGACACCUCGAUAUGGUGCGUUCUUGCUACGCAUCUAUUUAUGCAAUAAAGUGCCACGUUGUUAUGUUACAAAACA